AUGCGGUCAAGGAUCAUAUUUUGCACUGCAUUUUCUCUAGCAACAAUAGUAGUAAUUCUAUUGGCUUUGCUUUCGCCUGCAUCCCACAAGAAGAGCCAUCCAAGGCCAUGGCUCGAUCUUUCCUUGUACAUCCAAAAACCUCACACAUCAGCCUCAAACACACAACCUCCACUUGGGGACAAUGCGGGUGCAUUCAUCUUCCACCGUGUGCUAACAGAGGGACCCGACAACAAUUCCAGGGUAGUGGGCAAAGCACAAGGCUUUAUAAUUCCCACGCAACAAUUUGUACAAUCGGCAUUCAAAUUCAUAUACCUAACCUUUGAAACUCCAGAGCGUUCAGGUAGCCUGAGUGUGCAGGCCAGGGAGGCAGGCGACAAGGUCACUGAAGAAUUUACAGUGGUUGGAGGGACGGGGUCGUUUGCAUUUGCUCGUGGUGUUGCAGUUUUUACCCGCACCAAUAUGGGGUCAAGCGAAGUUGAUGCGAGUUCUUUUGUCAAACUUCAGCUUGAAUUUCCAAAUCAGUCUCCCAAGACGCCAGCGUGA